UUUAGAUAUUUACAAGUGUUGUCUGUGGUAUACUGUGGAUUAAAAAAAGUUAAUUAGUUAAGAUAUAUAAUAAAGUUAUAUUAUUAUUAUAUUAAAUUAGGAAAUUGUAUCUGGAUAAACAAACAUGCCGACAUACGAAAUGCCCCUGAUGAUACGCAUCAUAAAGAAGCCAGAAUUGGUGGCAACUUUGAAAAGAACAGCCGAAACAAUAUUUAAUACUGGUGGUUUUAUCAGAAAAAUGGAAAAUUGGGGACUGAAACAGCUUCCAUGCAAAAUUAAGUCACAUCAACAUGUCCACAGAGAAGCAAAUCAUUUUCUCAUAUGUUUUGAUGCACCUCCAAAUCAAUUAGAGAAAAUUUUUGAUGAAUGCAAUAGAGAUGUUGAUAUUGUUAGACUAAAGAUAUACAAACAAAAUGAACCAAUCAAAAAAGAAUGUACGUUCCAUAAAGAGAUGUUACCACCGGCAUAUAGGCCUAGCGUCCAGGAAAUGAUGAAAAUGGCACAGAAGCAGAACAGGAAUAAAUACGAAUUUAAACAUAAUAGUGGGUUGGAUUAUUAUCCUUUUAAUAGAUAAAUAACUGAAAUUAGAGGCUAUAUUUCUUUUUGUUGGUAGUGUUACAUUGUAUAUGUUUUA